CUGAAACACUUCCUUGUUCAAAAGUGCGAAACUGAAACUGCUGUGAGUCUCUGAGGAUUCACGAACCAGGACCUUCAGGCUGUUCUUUUCAUCGUUUUCAGUGUGUCGUCAUGUCGGCUACCGGCUGUGUUCUGUUUGAGGAGCAGUUUCUGUGCUGCAUCUGUUUGGAUGUUUUCAAUGAUCCAGUCACCAUCCCUUGUGGACACAACUUCUGCAAAAUGUGCAUCACGCAGAACUGGACCGUUAACAACGCACAGUACCGUUGUCCUAUGUGUAAAAAAGAAUUUAAAACCAGACCUGAGCUGUCCGUCAACACGUUCAUAUCUGAGAUGGCUGCUGAGUUCAAACAGUCUGCUGGGAAAAAAAACCAAAGAGAAUUAGUGAUAAAAGCUGCCAGACCUGGAGAAGUCUCCUGUGACGUCUGCACUGGAACCAAACUGAAGGCCAUGAAGUCGUGUUUGACAUGUUUAGCCUCCUACUGUGGGAUCCACAUAGACUCUCAUAUGGCCACUGAUUCCCUUAAGAGACAUCUGCUGACCGAUCCUGUGGGGAACAUGGAGGCCAGGAUGUGUCCAAAGCACAAAAAGACACUGGAGCUGUUCUGUACGACUGAUCAGAUCUGUGUGUGCGCUCACUGCACAUGUUCAGAACAUGUGGGUCACAAAAUGUCGUCUCUGAAAGACGAAUUUGAAGCAAAGAAGGCCAAGCUGGAGCAGGUAGACGCUGACAUUCAGCAGAUGAUCCAAGAGAGAAAACAAAAGAUCGGUCAAAUGAAACUUUUAAAAACACACAGUAAGAACGACGCAGAGAGCGAGAUAGCCGACGGCGUCCGCAUCUUCACACUCCUGAUGCAGACCGCGGAGAAAAGCCUGAACGAUCUCAUCGAGACGAUUGAAGAGAGGCAGAAGACGAUGGAGCGAGAGACGGACGGUUUCAUCCAGAAACUGGAACAAGAAAUCUCUGCGCUGAUGAAGAGAACUGCUGAGACCAGGAAGCUCACAAGCUCUCAGGACCAUCUUCUCCUCCUGCAGACCUACAGAUCCAUGACCUCUGACCCCAGCACCAAGAACUCCACUGAAGUCAGCGUCUGCCCCCCGGACUACCAGGGCACUGUGGUGAAAGCUGUGGCUGAGCUGGAGGAGAUUUUAAGCAGAGAGAAGCAGCAGCUGCUCCAUGAGGCCAGCCUGAAGAGGGCUCAGCGGUACCCGGUCGAUGUGGUUCUUGACCCUCAUUCAGCCAAUCUGUGGCUCGUCCUGUCUGAUGAUAACAAACAGGUGAGGUAUGAUGAGGUGAGGAGGGAGCUGCCUGACAACCCACACAGAUUCUCUCAUUAUGCCAACGUCGUAGCACAGCAGAGUUUCUCUUCAGGACGGUUUUACUACGAGGUCCAGGUGACCGGGAAGACAAACUGGACUCUGGGACUGGUCAAGGAGUCGGGCAACAGGAAAGGAAUUAUCCCAUUAAGCCCAGGGCACGGAUACUGGUCUAUGGGCUUAAGGAAUGGAAACCAGUACCUGAUUCUCUCCAGCCCUGUUGUCAGCCUCAGCCUGGACUCCCAGCCCCAGAGGGUGGGAGUGUUUGUGAGCUACGAGGAGGGGCUGGUCUCCUUUUAUGACGUGGAUUCUGCGGUUUGUCUCUACUCCUUCACGGGCUGCAGCUUCACAGAGACACUCCGUCCUUUCUUCAGUCCUGGUCUUUCUUACGGAGGAGCGAACUCUGCCCCCCUGAUCAUUUUACCUCUCAGAAUAACUGAUUCAAGUGUUUCAUUUAGUUUAUAAAAAUAUUUUAUUUUUAUUUUUAGUCGAGGAAAUCAAAUGUUGUUGCAUUGUGUGUAUAUAUGAGGUCUUUUUGAAUUUCCAUCAGGAUCAAUACACUAUUUAUUUAUCCAUCUAUCUAUUGCUGGGGGUGUGGAGUCAUACCCAAAAACUGUAAAUAUUACUGGACGAAGCAUGAGUGACCAUCUGUUCCUGCAGGGGGCGCUGACUCAGCCUAACUUUGAGUCGACCUAACGACAGGCUGAGAGCUGGAGCUGAGGCGGGUUUUAAGCCUCCUGACAAACCGUUACACUGCGCCCACCUGUCAAUCAGGUCAGCUACACGCCUAACUAUGAAUAACACUGUUAGUACGUAUUUUCAUGAAUUCAUUCAUCUUGAUCAUUUUGUGGAUAUAUCUUUGAAUUGAGUAAUUCUUCUUUUAGGUUUGUGAAGCUGUAAUACAUAUGUGUAAGAGACCUCAUAGCAGCAGAGUUAUAUUUGGAUUGAAGAGUCUGUUGUGAGCUGAAAAAGGAAAUGUGACUCUGAGACUGAAGAAAUGUUUAUGUCUGAUAUUUAAGAGUCAAGGUGAUGUCUUCUUUCUAGCCUUUUAGAGAUGAAACAAAGCAGCCAGGAAUUUGUAGGCUGUACCUUCUAGUAGAAUAUAAGCAACACUGUGAAGAUGAAGACUUUGCCAAUGUUUGUCAAUGAUUGUGAGAUCUUGGUCAGCAUGGGUCAGCGAUGGUCAGCCAUGUGUUGUGUUUCUAUGUUGUCUGACCAUGGCCCGUUAAUGUAAACAUUUGUUACAUAAGCUGCUAACCUUCAUCUUUGUUCAGAGGUUGGAUAGAUUUGAUGAUUACUUUGUCACUUUCUCAUAGUUACACAGCUCCUACAUUUUUUUUAAAAUAUUUUCCAUUUUUAAAUUCUAUUUUAUAUAUUGUAAUAGCUUCUUAUACUGUAUUAUUUAAGUUGUUGCUAGUUCUGCUUUAUUUCCUUGUUAAUUGUUUAGCACCAAUACACCAAGUCAAAUUCCUUGUAUGUGUAAAUGUACUUGGCAAUAAACCCAGAUUCUGAUUCUGA